GAGGCUCGUAUACGCGCUCUUCACUCUUGCCACGGAAGGUAUGAUUCCCGAGCAGAAGGAAAAGACUGAGUGGAGCCGGCGCAUCCGGGUGGUCGAGCUGCUCGUCGACUCCGCCUACCACACUCCGGUGCCCGAAAGCACUGGCCUGCACAAAGUCAAGGGGCUCGAAUUCGCCGAGAAGCUCAAGGUGUGGAAGAACCACUCCCAAUUCCCGGCUCUGACGCCAGAGGCGUUGCGCACUAUCGUAGAAGCCUACAGGAUGAUCACGGCCAACGACUUAGAGGACACGUUCUGCACCAUCCUGAAGCGGGCAUCCACCGACGACGCUGAUAGGAAGGCCUACCUCACCAAGUUCCUGCCGCUCGUGUGCUUCGCACAGUGUACCGUCACCCACCACGAACCGAUGCGCCCCGUUCUCAGCACCGUGGGAGGCUUGGAACACGGCAUCGCAGAACUGGCGCGGGUCUUCCGCUGGUCCCGCAGUCCGGGCAUGGCACUCCAUGGCCGCGGCGUUCGGCCCGAAAUGGGGCUGCUUAAUGGACAUUGCCAUUGAGGAGCAGCACCGUUUCUAACGAGACAGUGGCCAUGCCGCUAUCGCUGGUCUGGCUGGCAGCAUUCGUCGGCAUCCUUGGUCGGCCCAGCAACACCGCCAGCUGCCGGCAGCGCCGCCGGACUUAAAUAGCUCGCAGAAUCGC